UGGGUUUACAGGGCUAUAUAAUCAUGAAGACGAAACUGUAUCAGUUGCCCAGCGCCAAGUCACCCGUCGAGAGCGGCUGUGAAGACAACUGACGAUCAUGGGUAAAUACCUGUUAUACGUGGCACUCACUAUGGUUUUGGUCUGCCUUGUGAAAGCGGAGCCCGCCCGCGGCGGUGGCUAUGCAGUGGGUGUUGGUGGAGGCCUUGGAGGUGGCAGAGGAGGUUUUGGUGGAUUUGGAGGAGGCCGUGGAGGAUUUGCAGGCGGUCGAGGUGGCUUUGGUGGAUUUGGAGGAGGUCGUGGAGGAUUUGUAGGCGGUCGAGGUGGCUUUGGUGGUAUUCAUGCUGGCCAUUCUCACGGAGGACAUGGCUUUAGAGGCAGUCCGUUCCUCGGACGUGGUGCUGGAUUUGGAGGAACUAUUGGCUUGUUUCCUUGGAUGGCAUAUAGACGAUACUAUGAUUAUUAGGAGUGUUGCUGAACCUUGUUACUUAAACCAGAAUUAUUAAAAAAAAUACGAGGUCUUGUCUCAAGGCAAAACCGAUUAAUGCUAUUUAAGAUGAAAUUAUAUUUUUAAAUUGUGAAUAUUUUAUUUAUACUUUGAAACAUUAUGGGCUUUAAAUUAAAAAUAUAACGUGUUAACUUAAUGUAGUUCAGACUCUUAAAAUUCUAUUUCUAUACCGCUACAUGUUACGAAUUUUUCUUAUGCACUUAGUGUGAGACGCGUUACUUUUAGACACUUCCAUACUUUCUAGAAUCUCUUCUCUAGUCUGAUCAUAUGUAGGACCCACGUUUCUCUGUUAGAUAUACUCUCCAUGUUUUCUUUUAAAGAAACAUGGUUUAACAGUAUGACUUUGCGAAAAUG